UAGAGCAUACAAACAAUGAGUAUCACUCGUGUGUAUUGAGUGCCACUUGUCAUUUAUUUCUGUAAUUCUUUAUUUGUUGUAUUUUCUGUUCGUGUAUAAACUGUGUUGCUUUGAGUUAAAUUGAGCUGAGCAUUGUGUACGAUUUUUUUUAUGUGUUCUUGGAAAAACUCGGCCAAAAGUCUGCUGAAAAUAUUGUAAAAGCAACCAAAUUCGUUUUUCUUCAAUUAGAAUGUAACAUUUUGAAACUGGUUGAACAUAUGUGCGAUUAAAACAAAAGCAACACCUCCAAACAAGGAGCGGUUCUUCCACAGUGGUUGCAGCCUUGUGUGUGCUCAAGUAAAUAAAUGUCAUCGAAACGGAACUGCAAAAAUUUCUUCAAACGGAAACGUAUUCGAUGGGAUAUGAAUUAAAAAAAGGAUUUAUAGUUGUGUAUGACUGAAUUAUUGUGCAUUAAUCAACGAUCAACUGAACGAAUGAAGUCAUGCUGAGGACAUAUGACUGUUCUAAUAAUCGUCUGGCAUCGUAUACAUAUCAUUGUUUACAAAAUAUUGUUCGUUUGGAGUAAUUUUGGAUGAAAUUUUUUAUAUAUAAUGGCAUAUGGUGGCUGUUAAUAAAUAAAUAUAGAACCACAUUGUAUGCCCUCAUUUAAGAGCACAAAUAUUGUACACAUCAAAUUGGGUAUAUAUCUAUAUACAAAGCAUUGAUUGAUUAAGAAAUAAAAAGUCUGUUAGAGCAGAGGGUAUCGAAGUAUUUGAAUGAAUUUCAAACGCAAGACGAUGAGCACCAGUUAUUUGGAUGUUCCAAUAGGAAUUCGACUUAUCCAACGCUAUGGUCAUUGUGAAAAUCCUGCCAAUCGGUUGUAUAGAUAUAAAUUCUCAGUUCUGGCACUCACAUACGUGGCAUACACAUGUUAUCACUUGACACGAAAGCCAAUUUCUGUCGUCAAAGCGGUUUUACAUCGCAAUUGUUCGUUGGUCGAAAUACCGAAGCAAUUAAGUUUGGUAAAAGAUGUAUCGAAUGAGAGUACUUGGUGCGAUUAUGCUCCGUUUGAUGGACCCGAUGCAUCUGCACUUCUUGGGACUUUGGAUACUUCAUUCCUUCUAACUUAUGGAGUUGCAAUGUUCGCGUCGGGUUUUGUUGCUGAACGGGUAUCACUACGCUAUUUCCUCACAUUUGGAAUGCUUUUUUCGGCCAUCUUCACCUAUAUGUUUGGAAUAGCAAAACUCUACGACAUCCACUCAUUUUGGUAUUUUAUUGUGGUCCAAGCAUUGGCCGGCAUGUUUCAGACUACCGGUUGGCCGGGCGUGGUCACUGUUGUUGGACGUUGGUUUGGUAAAUCAAAACGCGGUCUUAUAUUUGGCAUUUGGAAUAGUCACACAUCAAUUGGAAAUAUUCUGGGAUCGUUGGUUGCUGGAUACUAUGUUGAACGAGACUGGUCGAUGUCGUUCAUUAUGCCAGCGUUUGUGAUGGGAAUCGUUGGAAUUAUACUAUUCCUUUUCCUAGUUGAUUCGCCUGAAAUUGUGAGCUGUCAAGUAUCCCGCAGUGAGUCUCGACGCAACAGUGGCCAUUACAACUAUCAUAGUAUUGAGGAUGGGGUCAAUGAAUCAGAUGAUGAUGUAAAUACACGAAAUUUACACAAUGAAAACGAAUUGAACAACGUUGUGGAGCAGGACAAUAAAUCAAUUCGAAAUAUUCCUGGUGAUGAAAACUUUGAAAUCAGUCAUCGACCGACCGAACGAACUCCAAUGAUUGGGCACCGAAGAUCAUCUGAUGUAUCGUUUAGUGGAACUAGCAAUCAUGCUGCCAUCGGAUUUGGUGGGGCUCUCCAAAUUCCUGGUGUUGUUGAAUUCUCGUUGUGUUUAUUUUUCUCGAAAUUAGUGAGCUACACAUUUCUGUACUGGCUUCCAAAUUACAUUGAACACUCAACAAAUCUAGGAGCAGAGGAUAGCGCAAAGCUAUCAACACUGUUUGAUUUUGGUGGAAUUUUGGGUGCAAUUGCCGCUGGUAUGAUUUCGGAUUACAGUGGAAUGUCAGCGUGUACAUGUACAGCAAUGCUAUCAUUAGCCGUUCCCAUGUUACUUGUAUACCAAAAAUUCGGUGCAUUAACAAUUUAUCUCAAUAUAAUAUUAUUAUUUUUGCUUGGCAUUCUGGUGAAUGGUCCGUAUGCAUUAAUUACGACAUCUGUUAGCGCUGAGCUUGGUCAGCACAGUUGCUUGGAUGGAAAUUCCAAGGCAUUAGCUACGGUGACCGCGAUCAUCGAUGGCACCGGUUCACUGGGAGCAGCAGUCGGACCAUUUUUGGCGGGUUUCUUUUCAGCAACUAGUUGGGAACAUGUCUUUUACAUGCUCAUCAUGGCCGAUGUUCUAGCAUUAAUCCUCCUUCUAAGAUUAGUAUCCAAAGAAAUUUCCAAAUUGAAAAUGAAUCCUCGUAUUGAUUGAACAGCGUUUAAUUAAUUGCAGUUUUACAUUCUCAUCCAAACAUUCAUUAUGCAGACACAUGCAUCUGAACAACCGUGAACAAAAGACGUGAAACUAAAAAUAUUUAACUGCACUAGAAGUAAAUAUAAACAUUUGACCAUCUGCAAAAACAAUGGAAUUACAUAGAAUACAUGUGUCUUCGUCUGUUAUUUGAUUUGAAAAAAGUAAAAUAAAAAAAAACGACCAUUCACCAGAGAGAAAGUUGAAAUGGAUUGUACCAUUUGUUAUUAUGUGUACGUGAUGUAAUUAAUAUAGAAUUCUAAGAUCUGUAUUUUGAUGAGUUUUAUCAAGAAAGAGAAAUCGCUGACGGAAUAGUAUUUUUGUAACGAAAAAAAGUGAAUAAAUCAAUCAAAUAUAAUUGCCAUAACGGCCAAUAUUUUAAUAAAUCUCAGACUUGAUUAUGAUUAUUAUUAUUAAUUGGAAAAAGAUGAAAAGAAAAUACAACCACAUUUUUUUCACAAA